AUGGCACUGAAUGUGCGGAUCCAGACUGCCUGUCUUCUGCUCCUCCUCCUGGCCAGCCUGGCCAGUGCCUCAGCUCUGCACCAGACAACACAGCUUGCAGACCUCCAGACCCAGGAUACAGCUGGAGCCACAGCUGGCUUGAAGCCUGGGCUGCAGAGGCUGAGGAGGCGAGACACUCACUUCCCCAUCUGCAUCUUCUGUUGUGGCUGCUGUUAUCCAUCAAGGUGUGGGAUCUGCUGCAAGACGUAG